CGGCUCGGCUCGCUCGGUUCCGGGGUGAGCGGCGCGGGUCCGCCAAGCUGUGGCUACCAGGCCGCGGCGGGGUGCGAGCGCCGCAGGUGACCGGGGCUGGGAGCUGCGUGCGCGGGCGGCGGCUGAGGAGCUGGAGGCGGGCCCUCGCUCUCGGCCCAGGCGCUACGGGCUGAGGAGACGAGGCCAGCCGAGGCGGGCGAAGGGCUCGGGGCAUCCACUUGACAGCCGGCGGCGCUCGCGGCCCUCAGCAUGUUCCGCGAGGCGAGGGUUUUCCUCCCGCCUGUGGGCUGAGGCGGCGGCGGCGGCCCCCGAAACGAGAUGCACCUGACGGGCGCGGCUUAGAGGACGCGGCAGGCGGGAAGUCCCGGCCGCCAGCGGGAGGGCUUUCGUUGACGGGCCGCCGCCGCCUCCCGCCGCCGCCGCCGCGGGCCCGAGUGGGAGCGGCGGGUGGGCGCCCCGACAUGGCGGCCCGGAGCGCCCCGAGCUGCCACCUGCGGCUCGAGUGGGUGUACGGCUACCGGGGCCACCAGUGCCGCAACAACCUCUACUACACUGCGGCCAAGGAGAUCGUAUACUUCGUGGCGGGGGUCGGCGUGGUGUACAGCCCGCGGGAGCACAGGCAGAAGUUCUACCGGGGCCACAGCGACGACAUCAUCAGCCUUGCAUUGCACCCUGAACGAGUGUUGGUAGCAACAGGACAAGUUGGGAAAGAGCCUUAUAUUUGUAUUUGGGAUUCAUACACUGUGCAGACCAUAUCAGUUUUAAAGGAUGUUCAUACACAUGGUAUAGCUUGCUUGGCGUUUGACUUAGAUGGACAGCGCCUGGUUUCAGUUGGACUUGAUUCAAAGAAUGCAGUUUGUGUUUGGGACUGGAAAAGGGGAAAAAUGUUGUCUAUGGCUCCUGGUCAUACAGAUAGAAUAUUUGAUAUUUCUUGGGAUUUGUACCAGCCAAAUAAACUUGUCAGCUGUGGUGUAAAACAUAUCAAGUUCUGGAGUUUAUGUGGAAAUGCUCUGACCCCAAAACGAGGUGUCUUUGGUAAGACGGGUGACCUUCAGACAAUACUGUGCCUAGCCUGUGCAAGGGAUGAAUUAACAUAUUCUGGUGCACUCAAUGGGGAUAUAUAUGUUUGGAAAGGAAUCAAUCUUAUACGAACAAUACAAGGAGCCCAUGCUGCAGGAAUUUUUAGCAUGAAUGCUUGUGAAGAAGGCUUUGCUACUGGUGGCAGAGAUGGUUGUAUUCGUCUUUGGGAUUUAACUUUUAAACCAAUUACUGUGAUUGAUCUCAGGGAAACAGACCAGGGAUACAAAGGUUUGUCUGUAAGGAGUGUGUGUUGGCGAGGUGACCACAUUCUAGUUGGAACACAGGACAGUGAAAUUUUUGAAAUUGUGGUGCAAGAAAGAAAUAAACCUUUUCUAAUUAUGCAAGGGCAUUGUGAAGGUGAACUUUGGGCACUUGCUGUCCAUCCUACUAAACCUUUGGCUGUGACUGGAAGUGAUGAUCGUUCGGUCAGGAUAUGGAGCCUAGUAGAUCAUGCAUUAAUAGCAAGGUGUAAUAUGGAAGAACCAAUUCGUUGUGCAGCUGUCAAUGCAGAUGGAAUCCAUCUUGCCCUUGGAAUGAAGGAUGGCUCAUUCACUGUACUUAGAGUAAGAGAUAUGACGGAAGUUGUACAUAUUAAAGAUAGGAAAGAGGCAAUUCAUGAGUUAAAAUAUUCACCAGAUGGAACUUACCUUGCUGUUGGAUGCAAUGACAGCUCGGUUGAUAUUUAUGGAGUUGCUCAGCGUUAUAAAAAAGUUGGCGAGUGUUUGGGAUCCCUUAGUUUCAUCACUCAUCUGGACUGGUCUUCAGACGGUAGAUAUUUGCAGACAAAUGAUGGAAAUGGGAAAAGACUUUUUUAUAGAAUGCCAGGAGGAAAAGAAGUGACAAGUACAGAAGAAAUAAAAGGUGUUCAUUGGGCUUCAUGGACAUGUGUUUCAGGACUUGAAGUAAAUGGAAUUUGGCCCAAGUAUUCAGAUAUCAACGAUAUAAAUUCAGUAGAUGGAAAUUAUAUUGGCCAAGUUUUAGUUACAGCUGAUGACUAUGGAAUUAUAAAAUUAUUCCGGUAUCCAUGUUUAAGAAAAGGGGCCAAGUUUAGAAAAUAUAUUGGCCAUUCAGCUCACGUAACUAAUGUCAGAUGGUCACAUGAUUAUCAGUGGGUUAUUUCUAUUGGUGGAGCAGAUCACUCUGUCUUUCAGUGGAAAUUUAUUCCUGAAAGAAAACUGAAAGAUGCUCUUCACAUAGCACCCCAAGAAAGUCUGGCUGACUCUCAUAGUGAUGAAUCAGAUUCAGAUCUGUCUGAUGUUCCAGAACUGGAUUCUGAAAUUGAACAAGAGACACAGCUCACCUACCGUCGACAGGUUUACAAAGAAGAUCUACCUCAGCUUAAAGAACAAUGCAAAGAGAAACAAAAAAGUGCUACUUCUAAAAGAAGAGAGCGGGCUCCAGGAAAUAGUAUUCGAUUACACUUUGUUCACGGUUACAGAGGUUAUGACUGUCGAAGUAAUCUGUUUUAUACUCAAAUUGGUGAAAUUGUGUACCAUGUGGCUGCAGUGGGUGUCAUUUAUAAUCGACAGCAAAACACACAGCGUUUUUAUCUGGGUCAUGAUGAUGAUAUUCUCUGCCUAACUAUUCAUCCUUUGAAAGACUACGUGGCAACAGGCCAGGUUGGUAGAGAUCCCUCAAUUCAUAUAUGGGAUACAGAGACCAUUAAACCAUUGUCCAUAUUAAAGGGCCACCACCAAUAUGGUGUUAGUGCCGUUGAUUUCUCAGCGGAUGGGAAACGUUUGGCAUCAGUUGGCAUAGAUGAUAGCCAUACUAUUGUGCUGUGGGACUGGAAGAAAGGAGAGAAACUUUCAAUAGCAAGAGGAAGUAAAGAUAAGAUUUUUGCUGUAAAGAUGAACCCCUAUGUGCCUGAUAAACUAAUUACAGCUGGAAUUAAACACAUGAAAUUUUGGCGUAAAGCAGGGGGAGGAUUGAUUGGAAGAAACGGCUACAUAGGCACACUGGGGAAAAAUGACACAAUGAUGUGUGCAGUGUAUGGAUGGACUGAAGAGAUGGCUUUUUCUGGAACAUCCACAGGAGAUGUGUGUAUCUGGAGAGACAUCUUUCUUGUAAAAACAGUGAAAGCUCAUGAUGGGCCAGUGUUCAGUAUGCAUGCAUUGGAAAAAGGGUUUGUAACUGGAGGAAAAGAUGGUAUAGUAGCUCUCUGGGAUGACUCUUUUGAAAGAUGUCUCAAGACCUAUGCUAUAAAAAGAGCUGCAUUGGCCCCGGGAUCUAAAGGUCUUCUCUUGGAAGAUAAUCCAUCUAUACGUGCCAUAUCAUUAGGACAUGGUCAUAUUUUAGUUGGCACAAAGAAUGGUGAAAUACUAGAAGUGGAUAAAAGUGGCCCAAUAACACUUCUGGUUCAGGGACACAUGGAAGGAGAGGUAUGGGGUUUAGCUACACACCCUUAUCUGCCCAUCUGUGCUACUGUAAGCGAUGAUAAAACAUUAAGAAUAUGGGAUCUCUCUCCUAGUCAUUGUAUGUUGGCUGUCCGGAAGCUGAAAAAGGGUGGGAGAUGUUGCUGUUUUUCUCCUGAUGGUAAAGCUUUAGCCGUAGGUCUCAACGAUGGAAGCUUCUUAAUGGCAAAUGCAGAUACUCUAGAGGAUCUUGUGUCUUUUCAUCACAGAAAAGAUAUGAUUUCAGAUAUUCGAUUUUCACCUGGUUCUGGGAAAUAUCUUGCUGUAGCAUCCCAUGACAGCUUUAUAGAUAUAUACAAUGUAAUGAGUAGUAAACGAGUAGGAAUAUGCAAAGGAGCUACCAGUUACAUAACCCAUAUUGAUUGGGAUAUUAGAGGAAAGCUUUUACAGGUCAACACUGGUGCUAAGGAACAAUUAUUCUUUGAAGCUCCCAGAGGGAAAAAACAAACCAUCCCCAGCGUGGAGGUAGAAAAAAUUGCUUGGGCAUCAUGGACAAGUGUACUUGGUUUAUGCUGUGAAGGAAUUUGGCCAGUAAUUGGAGAAGUUACAGAUGUAACUGCUUCUUGCCUCACCAGUGACAAAAUGGUUCUAGCUACCGGGGAUGAUUUGGGAUUUGUGAAGUUAUUUAGAUAUCCUACUAAAGGGAAAUUUGGAAAGUUUAAGAGGUAUGUGGCCCAUAGUACACAUGUCACAAAUGUUCGCUGGACUUAUGAUGACAGCAUGUUGGUUACCCUAGGAGGUACAGAUAUGUCUUUAAUGGUUUGGACAAAUGAGAUGGAAGGCUAUCGAGAAAAAAGGCCUUGUGAUAGUGAAGAAUCCGACAUUGAUUCUGAAGAAGAUGGGGGCUAUGACAGUGAUGUUACAAGAGAGAAUGAAAUCAGUUACACCAUCAGAGCCUUAUCAACAAAUAUUCGCCCAAUGUUUGGAAUCAAGCCUCAUUUACAACAAAAAGAACCCUCAGUUGAUGAAAGGCAGGGAGUAGUAAGAGGUUCCAGGCCUCCAGUGAGCAGGGCCCCACCACAGCCAGAGAAACUCCAGACAAACAACGUAGGCAAGAAAAAGAGACCUAUAGAGGACCUUGUGUUGGAGCUCAUUUUUGGUUAUCGAGGCAGAGACUGUAGGAAUAAUGUUCACUAUUUAAAUGAUGGUGAUGAUAUAAUUUAUCACACUGCAUCCGUUGGAAUUCUGCACAAUGUUGCUACAGGUUCUCAGAGUUUUUAUCAGGAACAUAAUGAUGAUAUUCUGUGCCUCACAGUAAACCAGCACCCCAAAUUUAUCAACAUAGUGGCAACUGGCCAAGUAGGUGAUUCAGCAGACAUGUCAGCUACAGCUCCUUCUAUUCACAUCUGGGAUGCAAUGAACAAGCAGACUUUAUCUAUCCUAAGAUGCUACCAUUCAAAGGGAGUAUGUUCAGUCAGCUUCAGUGCUACUGGAAAACUACUGCUGUCUGUGGGACUAGACCCAGAACAUACUAUUACCAUUUGGAGAUGGCAGGAAGGUGCCAAAAUUGCCAGCAGAGCUGGUCACAAUCAACGUAUUUUUGUGGCAGAAUUCCGACCAGAUUCAGAUACCCAGUUUGUCUCAGUGGGAGUAAAACAUGUGAAGUUCUGGACCCUGGCAGGAAGGGCUCUUCUUAGCAAAAAAGGGCUACUGAGCACACUGGAAGAUGCCCGGAUGCAGACCAUGCUCGCUAUUGCAUUUGGUGCAAAUAACUUGACGUUUACAGGUACCAUCAGUGGUGAUGUCUGUGUGUGGAAAGAUCACAUAUUGUGUAGAAUCGUGGCGAGAGCUCACAAUGGGCCUGUGUUUGCCAUGUACACCACCCUGCGAGAUGGACUUAUCGUGACUGGGGGAAAGGAAAGGCCGUCAAAAGAAGGAGGAGCGGUUAAACUGUGGGAUCAGGAACUGAGGCGGUGCCGUGCCUUCAGGCUUGAGACAGGACAAGCCACAGAUUGUGUUCGUUCUGUGUGCAGAGGCAAAGGCAAGAUCCUUGUUGGGACAAGGAAUGCUGAAAUAAUCGAAGUUGGAGAGAAAAAUGCAGCUUGUAAUAUUUUAGUUAACGGUCAUGUGGAUGGGCCAAUCUGGGGACUAGCAACACAUCCUUCCAGGGAUUUUUUCCUUUCUGCUGCAGAAGAUGGAACAGUGAGACUUUGGGAUAUUGCUGAUAAAAAGAUGUUAAACAAAGUGAAUUUGGGGCAUGCUGCUCGUACUGUGUGUUAUAGCCCUGAAGGGGACAUGGUGGCUAUUGGAAUGAAAAAUGGAGAAUUUAUCAUUUUACUAGUGAGUUCUCUAAAAAUAUGGGGAAAGAAGAGAGACAGGAGAUGUGCAAUCCAUGAUAUCAGAUUUAGUCCGGAUUCCCAGUAUCUGGCAGUAGGUUCUAGUGAGAACUCAGUGGAUUUUUAUGACCUAACUUUGGGCCCCACUCUUAACAGAAUCAGCUACUGCAAAGACAUUCCAAGCUUUGUCAUUCAAAUGGACUUCUCUGCAGAUAGCAGAUAUCUCCAGGUCUCUAGUGGCUGCUAUAAACGGCAUGUCUAUGAAGUGCCUUCAGGAAAACAUCUUAUGGAUCAUGCUGCUAUUGACAGAAUUACUUGGGCUACAUGGACUAGUAUUCUAGGAGAUGAGGUUUUGGGAAUCUGGUCCAGACAUGCUGAGAAAGCUGAUGUCAACUGUGCCUGUGUAUCUCAUUCAGGAAUCAGUCUUGUAACAGGAGAUGACUUUGGCAUGGUUAAGUUAUUUGACUUCCCAUGUCCAGAAAAAUUUGCAAAACACAAAAGGUUCUUGGGUCAUUCGCCCCAUGUGACAAAUAUUCGAUUUACCAGUGGUGAUCGACAUGUUGUUAGUGCUGGAGGUGAUGACUGCAGCUUAUUUGUCUGGAAAUGUGUACAUACGCCUCACUGAGAGAUGCUGAGAUGACUACACAAAUUAACUUUGAGACCAGAAUUACAGAAAGAAAAACCAAAACCCAACCCUGCAUGGUCAAGUGGUGCUAACCCAAGACUGUAACAGGGGGAAAUGCCCAGAAUCAUCAAAAUGUGAAAGACUAAUCUGUUCAAAAUAUUUGCUAUAUGCACUGGGUAUAAUCCAUAAUCCAUACACUGCCAGAUAAUGCCAUUUCAAGGAAGGAUCGAAUACUUGAUGGUAAAGGCCAAGUCCCCCUGUAUUGGGAAGUGUGCGAUUUCGGCAGACCUGCUGGGAAAAUUUAGGGUAGAGCACUCUUUACAGAAAAACUCAAAAACCCAAUUUGGAUAAUUUUCAUUAUCUUUUUAGCAAAAUGGUUUCUUAGUGUUUAUAUUUUAUUUUCAACGUUCAUUGUUUAAUGAAAUAUUUUAUUCUUGCAUUUCCAUAAGGAAAGGGAAAGUCAUGUUCAUCCUAAAGGAUCACAGUUUUUAAAAGGCAGACAUUUUCCCUAAGGAAACAGACACAAGCUUUCCUAGAGAAUAUGAUGUUUUUUAGGCAUUAAUAAGGUCCUUUUUUAUAAAGGACACUUUUCUCCUAGUAGUUUUGAAUUCAGGAACAGAUCCAAAGUUAGCAGUAUAUGGCUGCUACAUUUCCAUUUUCAUUUUCGAGCCAUCAGUUUAUGUUCAGACGCCAUCUCUCUAAUCGCACAUUUAAAACAUAGAACUGUAGCCUCACUAAUGGAAAAGUAGUAUGAUGAACAACCAUUCCCAAUGGUGUACAGUGUAAGGGUUUUAGGGAGCAACAGUAUUUAACUGGAAGAGAGAAUUGCAUAUUUAAUGUAGUCUAAUAUAUACACAUUUGUUUAACAUGUAAACAAGUGUUAAAUUCACAUAUACAACAUUAUACAAUUUAAUCACUCUUGGAAUAAAAUUUUUAUAGCCUUUUUUCUAUUGGGAAAAUUUGUUUAGAUGUGUGCCACUCCAUAGGUUUAUUUCCAAAAUGAAUGAACCCAACUCCAUUUGUAAAAACUUGUCAGUUAGAAUUCCUUUUUUUAGUGGAUUAGGGCUGAAUUCUUAGAUCCUUAUUUCUUUUCACUUUAAAUGCUGCCAAAGAUCAGUACUCAUCAUUCAGGAAUUCGCUGUCUAGCCUAUCUGUAGUUUCCUGAAGAUUGAAAAUCAUGUAGACUGCUAUUUAAAAAUAUAUUUUUCUAAGUGUGAGGUUUAAGAUGCUGUAUUGACCCUAUGAGUUUUUAAUGUGUUAAUUAUCUUUAUAGCAUAAUAGAUCGCUUUAGGUUCCUGGAAUCCCAUUUGGUCUGACAGGAUAUAUGAAGAUUCGUAAUACCUAUUUUCUGUGUCUAAUACUUGGUUAAUACUAAAAAUAGAAAUGACUAAAUUACAUCACAGAAAGCAUAACCAGUGACUGAACCUGGUAGUUUUAAAGCUCUAAAUAGCUGUGGCUGAAGGACUGAUUAUGGGGCUAAGAAGCUUGAAACGUAAGUUGGUACUCGUUCAUCAAUGGAUUCUCCUAAAUUAAGCCAAAUUUUGAAAUACAUGACUAUUAAGUUUCUACUCGUGUAUUUACAGUCAGUCAAUAAAUUAAAGAGGGAAAAAGAAAUCCCUGAACAACCUGCCCAUAAAAAGAAAAAUACUCUACAUUUGAGCCUGCUGCAGUUUUAAAUUUUCCCUCUGGGUCAAGUUUGCCAGCUUUUGGCUACAGAGAAAUUAAUUAUAUUUCCAUUACAGUACAGGUAGAACCUCUGUAACCUUAAGCAUGUAAACUACAUAGAAUAAAACUGUUUCCACUGUAUUUUUGUCCUUCAAAGUGGCCAACCUGAUUAAGUCAGCCUUAAUCACUACUGCUGUCAGUUUCACGACUAAAGGUCAUAUUGACUAAGUAGUCAUCAGCUGACCACCUCGCUGUAUCAGCCAGCAACGAGGGGAAGGUGAAGAAACAGGAUAGGCCAUACAGAAUCUGCCCUAUGUUUACUUUUUUAACCCAGAGAAUUAUUUUUGUGUGCAGUAUCUAAGCUCCUGAUUGUGUAACCUGGGACUUCUGGCACCUUUUGUUCCAUUCAUUUUAUGUAUAAAAUGCAUGCCAAAGCACACCAUGCCCUCUGGUACCCUUGCUUCCAAUCGCCAACCGUGCUCAUUUCCUUUCUUUUUUGUGGUCCCUUUUUGUGGUGAUCAUUUUAGACCACGUCAUCCAACAAAUGUUUUAUGGUCAACCUUAGCUUGUUCAUAAGCCAUAGCAACUGAAAGAUUAAACUCUUAAAUAUGUGUCUGGGCAGUGUCUAUUAAAUAGCAAAAAACAAUCAGAUUUUAGUAUUCUAUUUCCUUGUAAAAUGGCUGAACUAAAUUAAACUCUUGUUUCCCACUUGUUCUUUAUAGUGAAACUGAGAACGAAACUAUUUAUAAAUGAUAGCUAAAAGUAUUUCCAGAUAUUUAAACAAUUUAAAAUAAAUUUCUUCUGCAGAGAUGCAAAGCAUCUCAACACUGGAAUGAACAAAUGCCUUAAAUUCAAUGGAGUAAACUUUUAGAAUGAAGAGGAACUGUCAUUUCACCCAAGCCGAAGACAAUAGCCUUAUGCGCUUGUGUGCUCUGUCUUUGCUGCUUCUCGUGUUUCAAGCCUUUCCUGUGGGAUCAGCACAGCAAAGUGCAACUUACCAAAUGGUUUAAUGACUGGUUAAUUCUUUCUUCUCCCAAUGGAAAAGCAAUGGCAACACAACAGUAGACUGCUGGCUUGACAAUUUUAAACGUGAGCCUUUGCACAUGUAGGUUUAUCAUCAUUUGGGUAUAUGACUAAGCAAGUCAAUGAACUUUUUUUUUUAGCAGUUUAAUUUGGUCCUGAGAAUGUUGCAGUCUUUAUUACCCCUUUUGCAUUAAUCCACUUUUCUAACCACCUUUUAAGCUUUCAUUUUUAACACUAUACACCAAGUCUUUGAAAUCAGUGAUCUGUUAUUUAACUCUAAAGCAUUUGACACUUCUUGCCUUAACAGUUUUAGAAACCACACACAAAAAAAACUCUAAGUAAUACAGUAGGCCAAAAGUUUCAUCCUAUCUUAGUUUACCUAUCUGAUCUCUGUAAUUAUAGUUCUGUCAUUUAAAAUAUACUAUUUAAAUCUAAUUUUUACAUUUCAAAAAUUAUCUUCAGUAGUAACUAAGUAUAUUUUCUGUGGAUUCUGAGAAUGUUAUUUUUCAGAAUGUGAGAAUAUAUAUGUACACUUAUAAUCUUGUGACUUUAAAGUCUGUUUUCGGAUACAGUAUGUAAAUACUUGUAAAAAAAAUUUGUAUAAUUUUGUGAUUAUUUAGAAGGCAUUAUGUUAUUAGUAAAUGAGAGCACUGUAUAGAACUGUUCCUAUUUUCUGUACUUGCCAUUCCAGCUGCCUCCACCGUCCAUACCCACCUCAUUCAUCCUGUCACAGAAGGCAGGAAAACUGGGAACUUUACCAAAGUAGCACUCAGCCUGAGAGGCCUGUAUAAUCAUGCUUUUCAAACUAAAUUCAUUUAAAAAUUAAAAAGCAGAAUUGAGUAUUUUAA